AUGGAUCCUGUGAUAGACAAUGAAUGGCUUGGAUGUAAGAAUGACUCAAUUGAUGAGUCCCAGACUGUGGGCAACAUUGCCAGGAGUUGGCAGUGGCGGGAGAGAGGAAUCAAUCCACCAAAUUCACCUUCUAAUAAGACGGUUCUUGAAAAUGCAGCUGAAGACAUUUUGGUGCAAAAACCACUCAAAAUAAGAUGCUGUGACUUGCCAGGAUACCCAAGAUCAACAUUUUUAAUGGUAUUUAGUCCAGAUGGAACAAAAGUGGCCUCAACACAUGGUAAUCACAAUGUAUAUGUAUCAGAGUUGGCAAGUGGUAAGCAUGUUAGGAUACUGAAAGGUCAUCCACGGACACCAUGGUGCAUAGCUUUCCACCCUUCUCAUCCUCAGCUUAUAGGAUCUGGAUGUCUUGGUGGCCAAGUUAGAGUGUGGGAUAUUUCUAGCGGUGGCAGUGAAGUUUGGAAUGUGCGUAACGAAACAGUCAUAGCUUCAAUAGCUUUCCAUCCUAGAGAGCAGUUGUUGGUGAUUGCCACUUUUAAUGAACUUUACUUUUGGGAUUGGAGUCAGCCUGCACCCUUUACAAAAGUUACUACCAAUAAUAUUAAUGAAAAAGUCAGAUAUGUUGCUUUUGAUUCUCUUGGGUACAAGCUGAUAACAGGAAUAUCAUUAAGACCGUCAACUGCGGGAAUAAGCAACUCUGUUCCACAACAGAACUCUAUGAAUCCUAAUAACAACCAAAGCAAUGUGCGACGAGAUGAUCCCGACGAGACGCCUGGACCCAAUAGACCACAAGAAAACUCGGGCUCCACUCAGGAUAUUAUUGUCAAUUCUUAUCAGAAUUUAGUUCAAAGAUAUGACAGUUUAGUACGAAAUUAUCAAAGACUGUUUAUGGUCCGACAUAGACUUACUGUGACCCCGCCUCCACCCAGCACGAUGGACCGAGGUACCGAUCCAAUGGAAACAGAUCCAUCCCCUGAAGCAAACCCAUUCACACGAACACCAUAUACUUCUACGCCGCAACCUGAAGAGGAGAGCCCUCCUUUGAAUACAUCAAAUAAUAGACAAGAAAAUGACAGUGGAGAUAGUGAAGCAAGCAGUAGCCGCUUUUUAAAUCUUGACGCUUUAUCCUUCGAUAGCAGUUCGUCUAGGGAACGACACUUCGCUAACGUACAUUCCUUAUUUCGAUCGCGACCUUCAGCAUUCCACCCUUUGAAUGAUAACGGCAGAUCCUUCCGAACUGUUGAUCAAAAUGAGCGUGCUUCCAGACUUUUACCAAAUCCAUUUUCUUCCACAAAUGGCCCGCCGCGGCCGAGUGUCAUCUCCUUCGCAAGCAGUCCCUUGGCGCAUCGAACAGACAAUUCUUCUAAUUCAUCUCGGACUAGUAUAUUCCCAGCAUACAGACCCGAUUCCCCCUCCGUUCUAGAUCUUUCCCCUCGGAGAUGGGGAAGUCGCAGGAUUUUUGUUUCGGUACCAAAUGAGAAUUCCGCUCCUGUUGAUAAUACUACGGGAACGGCAUUGAGAGAAGACCCACCGACGACUACAUCAGCCACUUCAAGUCCAAGGCCGUCGACUUCGUAUUCAUCUUCACAAACCCAAGCCACACCCGUCGAUGCUCAAACCAUAAACGAAAGCUUAGAUCUAAUCAGAGAUAUUUUAAGAGACUCCGGUACGAGACUGUUGAAUUUAAUCACCAAUAUGUCCCUUUCUACUAUAACAAGCGUUGAAGACGACUUGCCCCGUCGUAACAGAUCAUCCAGGACUCAGUCUGAAGACAACAAUGAAAGUGAAAGAACGAGAGAUCCACAAAGAGUCCGCCUAUUUGGGAAUUUGCAUUCCAGAUUUUUAUCGUCAAGCUCAGAGUCCGACAGCGACCAAUCUCCAGAAGUGAAUAUUUUUAGAACACGAAACUCUACUUUUAGAGAAGACGAUAGAGACUCAGAAAGACCUUCCAAUGAACCUUCAGGAUCUUCAGAGAGAUCUGCGCUUCGAACAGAUAGGCUUGUUUUCGAAUUAGGUGAAUCCCAAUCACAAACUUCAAAUCGUGAUUCAGGCAGCAUAAACGUAUCGACUAAUAGCAGUCGAUUUCGCGUGCGGACGCAAAGUAAUAAUGCAGGAGAAGGUCCGAGUACCUCUACAAGUGAAAACCCGGAAACUUCCGAAACGUCGAAUCAGAACAGCAGUGAUUUUAAUCCUAGACCGUCUACAAGCAGAGAUAAUUUCUGGAACAACGGGUGUACGAUCCCCCCGGGUGAAGCUUUUAGAAAAGUUAGAGGUGGUGUUAAUGCUUUACAAAAACAUACCAUGCAACUAACUAAUAUGUGGCUCCGUGGUAAUCGCACUACAAUGCCUGAAUUGCGCAAUAUGUGGGAGAAUUUACGAAGACGAAUUCUUAUGUUACACAGAGAAACUGGUCGGCAAGAUUUACCAAGCUAUUACACAAGAUCGUUACUUGAAAGAUGUAUGAUGCUCACUGAAAUGACAGAUAACAUCACGCGUCCAAAUAGAAGUGCUAGAACACAAAACAAUAAUAAUCAAGAAACUUCAGAUAACCCUAGAAAUAGUGAAUCGCUGCAAGAUGAACCGUCGAAUGUAGAAAAUCCUGAAACAAAUGAACCAGAGCAAGGAACUUCUAGAGAAAACACAAGUGAAACUCGUCCCGGGCCUAGACCACAGAUCAGACCAAAUGUUAGAGCUUCACCGUCUUUAAGAAGGAGACUGCAGUCGAGUUACAGGUGGCGACCCGAAGAUGAGCUAAGGCGGCGAUCACGCAAUUCUAUUGCGAGUCGACUGUCUAAUAGAUAUUUGCAUAGACCUCGCAGGGAGUUUGCUCGAGCUAUAGAAAUAAGUGCAACUAGACAUGAAAUUCGAAUGCGAGCUAUGCAAGUACUCUCAGUAAUGUUUAAUAUGAUGAUGAUGUGUUUGGAAGAGAGAGGUCUGAGUCAACUCAUUAUUAACAUGCUUCGUACUUUGAAAAAAGCAUUAGCGAUAACAUGCCUCAUGUUAAUGACGAAUAGAAACAAUGGUCGCGCUAGUAAUAGUUCGUCACCACAACGUGUAGACUCUCUGAACGUUAUUCGAUUAGAAAACAUAGACCACACUGGUCCCGUCAAUGUAGACGGUCCUGAUGAAUCUCCCUAUCAUUCUAUUUCUAGCGAAACGGAAGAAGACCGCCUACGGAAUAACUCCAGUAAACGCAUGAAAAAGGAAACUUCUACAGCUUCGCAGUCAAUGUCAACCGAAAGCAAUACACGCUCAAACACAAAUAUGCCUCUUCCAACAAGUGUGACACAAAGUAAUGUAUCUCAACAAUGGAGUAACCGUCUCGCCGUUCUAAUAGCUGCGGCUAAUAGGAAUAACUCUGCAACUGCCAGAAAUCGACGCGAAUUGUAUUUAGAGAGUAGGCGACUGAAAGCAUUACACAAAACAAAUCCUAGUGUUCAUCCAUUAAUUAAAAAGAAAGUACUGCCGCCUGUGUCUACUUACAGAAUUCCUAACUUACGCUUACUUCCCAGCAGAGGUAGAACAAGAGUAUCGUCAAGAAGAAGUGAAUCUCAAUGCCCAGAACCCAUUCCUGGCCCGUCUGGUAUUCUAUCGGGCGGUGAUAAUGGCCCUCUGAGAUUGCCAACUAGUGUUUUGGAUGACUUUGAAGAAAGGAUUAAUCUCAUCAGAAUGGCACACAUGCAAGCGGUAAGAUUAAGAAACGCAGCGCGCACUAGAUUCAGACGUCUACAGACCAUUCGGUUAUACACUCCGUCGUCUGUUCGCGAAAUGUUCAGUUUACAUCCAGACUACGACAAUACCAAUGAAAAUCGAUCACCAAUGCCAAAUAAUUCAGACCCUCCCAAUCGUAGUCGUCCUUACCCCACCUACGAUUUUAGACCGCACAUACGCACGCUCAAUAGAGACCGCAUUUUAUCUAGAGGUUCCACAAAUAGACCUUCGGAAGAGUCGGGACAGUUUCAUGCAGUUAUAGGCAGCGCGACGGUGCCGUUGAUGCAAGUGGGUGAUCUCAGUAUAAAUAACCCAGAUGCGCAAGGGAACCAGACGCAGAGGGUGCCUAGGAUUCAUGAGUAUUUACAACCGAUUAUUCUGGCCCAAAACGCAAUGGUAGUCGAGGAAGAUGGCAACGGGGAGAAUGGUGGAGGUGGUGGUGGAGGGCCGGGGGGAGGCGGAGGUGGAGGGGGUCCGGGAGGUGGCGGGCCGGCGGGCGUCGGGGGGUUCGGCAUGCGGCGCAUGAGCGGCAUGGCGGGCCUGCUGGACGCCGGCAUCAUCUCGGAGGGGCUCCCCGCGCCCUCGCACCGCGUGCAGGCCUGGGACUUCACCACGGGUAACACCCCUGAUAUCGCUGACAGUUCAAAGAACGUAGUAGUGCAGAGGUGUAGAAUCCAUAACGACGCAAGUAUUGAUAUAUCAAAAGACGGCAGACUACUGGUCGCCUUGCUCCCGGUGCCACGAUUUAGAAAUACUAACCACUGGUUAGGCGUGUACUCGCUGGAGUGGUCGCGGCUGGGGCAGUGCCUGCACACGGCGGUGCUGGAGCAGAGCGCGGUGUCGGUGGCGCUGUCGCCCACGGCGCGCCACCUGGCCGUGGGGCUCGGCUCGCGCCGCUUCACCUCCGCCGCGCACGCGCGCACCAACGUCUUCGCGCUGCUCUACCGGCUUGACCCUCUAGAAAGUUCAAGUCGAACCGGUUUGUCUCCGAUCAAAGAGUUGGAGCAGACGUGGGAGCACGGCUUCACCAGCCUCAACUGCCUGCGCUGGGCGCCGCAGCCCGGCCAGGGGCUCGUCUACGCCAACAACACCGGACAACUCAUCAUCAUGAGC